AUGCCCAGGGUUUUUGACCUGAGCAAGGACCCUCCAGUAUCCCGAUCUGAGAAGAGUGCCAUCGCUCCAGCUGUGACCACCGAUGUAAUACACGCUGAUAGUGCCUCUACUACCGAAUCUAGGGUGCCCCAAAUCCAGUCCCCGCAUCUUUCGACAAACCCUGCUGUAGUUGAAUUCCCUGCGACUAGUGGCAAUCAGCGAGGCCUGCGAACGGAUGUCCUCACAUACGAGUUCGAUGAGCCGUUUUUCUCCUUCAACGACCAAGACUGGUUCUGCGAUAAAGGUGCGGGUGCUUUUACACCGAAAUUAUGGCCUCCGAUGCUAUCCGACAGCGACAACGCUCUGAGAAAUAACACAUCCACGGACAUGGCUUGGGAUGAUUGGUCCGUUGUCGACGACUCUUCCCCAUCGCCAACAUGCGACCUCUUAUUGUGUAGUCCUGCACUCGCACUCAACUACUUCGCAGAAACGAUAUGCGAGCGUCUUUAUGCUUGCGAAUCCCUACAUAAUCCAAUACGCAGCAUCAGCAUUUUUAGGGCGCGCCACUCUCCGUUGUUCAACUCGUUGCUCAGAUAUUUGACCGCAACGUACCUGAGCAAAAGCACGAUCCUCGACCAAACACGGUGUCUACUUUCAACAGUUCAAAAAGAAACGUUGCAUCACAUAGGCAAUGAGGUCGAUCUGGCGAAAAGAGGAGACCAGUUCGGGCUGCAUAUCGGAAUAAAAGCCAGGAAGGCGGCAGAGGAGGCGCUGCUUGCUCUCAUUAUGUUCGGCCUAGCCAGCUCCUGGGAUGGCUCGAACAACACAGGGAUCGCGCACUACCGCACUGCUGUUUCUCUAUAUACCGAGACAUGCGCCAGCAUGGCGUUUGUCAGCCGGAGAUUUUACGCUGAAACACUGAUAUACUGGUGGGCGGGGCUGUCAUUCGUGACAAAUGUCGAGAUCGAACCGUUGCCUGAUCCUCCCCCUUGCCAAGAUAUUGAAGACGGGCCAAAUACAUACACAGACGAAUACCGACUGUUUUAUCCUCAUCCUCUGACAGGCAUCUCGCCUCGAGCCCAUCUUCUCCUAGGCAAGGUUGCCAGUCUUGUUUAUUCGCAACGGAUUCGCGCCAUGAGACCAUCGUUUCUAUCCAGUGAGAGAUUAAAGCAAGACGAGAGUAUUCUCCAAACGUCCUAUCAACUGGAGGAAGACCUCCUUUCUCUUCACAUCCCACAGCCAACGGAUCUGCCUGAGGUGAAUGACACGAACACAUCUAUCAAUGAUCUACGGAACAUGGCUGAAGCAUAUCGACUCUCAGGCCUUCUAAUGCUGUACCGCUGUUUCCCUGAUCUGUUGCGCAAUCGGAGAGGAGAUCUGAGAAACCAAGAUGCGUCAGAACAAUGGCUAUGUGCACUUGCUCUUCACACCCUCGGUAUCCUCGAGCGCAACAGCCCGAAUUCGAGAACGAGAAGUAUCGAGCAGAUUGUUCUUGUCAUCAUCGCCGGUGAAAUUUGUCAUCCUCUUCAUCACGGUAUCGCGUCCUCUGUCGAACGUAACACGUAUUCCCAAUUCUUACAGUCCUUGUGCGACUCAUGGUCAGCUGCAGGUUCAUUGUGCUCAGCUGAGGACGUGCCACGGCCUUUUCUUGAGGGUGCUGGCUUGCUGUCAGAUGAGGGGUUCUUGGACUUGCCUCCAAUCUUGCCAGUGGCUGAAGGAGAAAAUGAGAUGGGUGCCGAGGAUGUUGCAAAUAUCAUACAGCGAGCUAGACACAAGGUCAGCCAUCGAUUGACUACAGUGAGGGAGAUACUGCCUUACCGCAGUGUUGAGCAAGGGGAAGAGCUGAUCCACGAUAUCUGGGAAAGAGAUCGUACUCACCAGGGAGCCUUCUGGAUGGAUGUUAUGAUCAAAAAUGGGUGGACAUUCAUACUCGUCUAA